CUGUACAAGAGAAGCAGCAGCAGCACCAAGGACUCAGUCGGUGGUGGGCGGCCGUGGAGGGUGUGCGUGGAGUUUGGAGCGGUGACUGGCUGCCGUUCCCUCGCUCAAGACCAGCCUGAAGUGAUCACGAGUAGUCUGGAGGCAUAAAGUGCCCGGCUCGUCCCCUGAGAGAGAGAGACAGGGAGGGACGGAAGACAGGACGAGGGGCAGCAACAAACACGUGGGGGAAGGAAAGCCAGUUUGUUACAAUCAGUUUAUUGCCUCAGAAAUUCCACUACAAGUAACAAUAGACUGAAAAUUGACACGCUUCUGAAAAGAAAAAAAAAAAAAAAAAAACUUCAAAAUCUGCCAAGCUAAACCACACACAGCCAGGAACAAAGUAAGCACGAGAGAGAGAGAGAGAGAGAGAGAGAGAGAGAGACAGACAGACAUAUGGCAGGAGACUAAUAAAAGUGCCUCGUGUUAGAGUGCCGAACAGUUCACGCGUAACCUCGAAACUGUCCCGAAGCAACUGAACGGUGAACACAAGCGCCGCCGCCAGAGGAGAGACGAGCAGUGACAGAGACAGUGUAUGUGUGUGGGACGUUGUGUGGGGCGGUGUGUGACUCGACUCAGCUACUCAGUGUUUUGUAAUUGUUGGUGGAAGAACGUGAUCAGAGAGAGAGCUCCAUCCUCCACGCAUCACUGGGGCCACCUGGGUGACUGACUGUUUGGGAGGCGAGACGGAGGGGACCGGAGUGGGGGGAGGAUGAUGCUUGCGUGAGGAAGGAAACUUGUGUGUCACUAUCUGUCGUGGGUCCUGCUUCUUCCUUGCGUCCAACUGUGGAGUGGCGUCAGUUUCAUUCUCGGUAAACAGGAGGUGGGCGGCCGGCGGCAUGGGGAAUGUGCUGCUGGUAAUAUUGGGCCUCACCGCGUCCUCGCUCUUCACUACAGCGGGCACUGAGGCUGCGGCGGCGGUCACUUUCGCUGACAAGACGGUACAAAUCACGCAGCUUGAAGUCCCGGCAUCCCCAACCGCUGGCCAGAACGUAACCCUCUCCUGCCGCUUCCGUCUCGGGGGCUCCGGGCACCAGCUGUACACGGUGAACUGGUGGCGCGGGAAGGAUCAGUUCUAUACCUACAAGGGAAGCAAUUAUGAGCCCAAGCACGCCUAUUCCUUCAGGGGCAUUAGAGUGCUGAAGGAGGCGUCGACGGAGGACUCAGUGGUGCUGCUCAACGUGACGGAGGCGACAUCAGGACUGUUUAAGUGUGAGGUGAUGGGCGAGGGUCCCUCCUUCCGCACCGCCGUCAGGAGCAAGCUGAUGACGGUCACUGUACCUCCCCGCUCAGUGGAAAUCGAGGCCCCUGGUAGUCCUCGGCCGCUGUGGUACCGGCCCGGCCAGGAGGUGUUGCUCAACUGUACCGCGCGGGGAGCCAAGCCGAGAACCACUCUUGUCUGGGAGGUGAACGGAAAACAGGUGCGCCACACACACCUCUACCAGUACACAGACCGCCUGGACAAGCGAGGUCGCGUCACCUCCACGCUGGGUCUCCGCUGGCGAGCUCCGGAAUUUUUCGACGAGCGGCGGGCUGUUGUCACCUGCCGGGCGUCUGUCGGCGCCUACUCCACCUCCACCUCAGACACCAUGUACCUUGAUCUGGCCGCCACCGCCCGCUACAACCACUACUCAUCCUGCGGCUGUCGGGCGGGUGGCGCGUGGGCAGUCCUGGGCUUGGGAGUGCUGGUGCUGCUCUGCCGCCGCUACCCACGCUAGGAGGGAGGCCGUCCUGUGGAGUCAUGCAGGUUAAUGCAAAUUCAGAGAAGAUCCCGACCUGAAGUCCUGAGGGCACCAGUGGCGGGAAGGAGAUGGCGGGAGAAGACGAGAAGGCUUCUGGUGGCAGUGUGAUGUGAUCUCGCGCGCGUUCGUGUGUGUGUGUGUGUGUGUGUGUGUGUGUGUGUAAUUCACUGUUUGAUCUGCUGCAGUCUCUGACGAGACAGCCAGAUGUUACCCAACGGAACGAGCUCAGAGCUCAUUGUUUCCGA